AUGGCUGCAAAAAGUUGCAACUUUGGCUACAUUGUGGGUACACGUGGUUUAUGCGUGCUCUACGAGUCGCAUCCCUUUAUGGAGAACUUCAAAGAGUUAACUCGUCAGGAUGCUGAGAAGGCUCUAUCACACGAGCUAGAGCUUCUCACAUCGGGCAUACCAGACAGUCUGGAAAGGGAGAAGAAGCGAUUUGACCAACAGAUGCAGUCGUUCCAGAACCUUUUCAAACGUUUCAUCGAGACGACUAAAGAUUGUGAAUGGGAAAAAAUUGAUUUGCUUCCGGAUGAUGCCCUUAAAUCUUAUGAAAAUUUGCCGAAAGCUACUGACUCUGCUAUUAUAAAGGACCAACUUAAUAAGCUUGUUGUCAUCAAACUCAAUGGUGGUUUGGGAACAAGCAUGGGUUGUACUGGUCCAAAGUCGCUCAUUUCUGUCAGAAACGAGUUGACGUUCCUGGACUUAACUAUUCAACAAAUUGAGAAUCUCAACAAAUCUUAUGGAUGCAAUAUUCCCCUUGUUUUGAUGAAUUCCUUCAACACCCAUGAAGAGACCGCUAAGGUGUUACAGAAGUACCAAAAAGUUAAUGUUGAAAUCGAAACCUUCGUUCAAAGCAUGUAUCCUCGUUUAAAUCGGGAAUCUUUGUUGCCCAUCGUGAAGUACGUCGAUCCAGCUCUGCUACUGGGAUCGAAGAAGUCGGAGAAUUACGACCGUCCACCUGUCGAUCUUUCUGGUUGGUAUCCCCCAGGCCACGGUGAUGUCUAUCGCCGAUUCUGCGAAUCCGGAUUGGCUCAAAAGAUGCGCAAGGCUGGAAAAGAAUGGAUAUUUAUUUCUAACAUUGACAACCUUGGUGCCUGCGUUGAUUUAAACAUCCUAAAUUUCCUCACUUCGAAUCCCAAUUCGGCGCCCGGUUUCGUGAUGGAGGUGACUGACAAAACAAGAGCUGAUGUCAAAGGUGGUACUCUAGUAGGGUAUGAAGGCCGUUUGCGACUCCUUGAAAUUGCGCAGGUUCCUCCGGAGCAUGUCGAUGAGUUCACCAGUGUGCGCAAGUUUCGCAUCUUCAAUACGAACAACUUAUGGGCGAAGUUGAGUGAGGUCGAGGAGUUGGUGAAGAAUGACCAGAUGACCAUGGAGGUGAUUCGCAACCCUAAGACUCUUGACUCCGGUAUCAACAUCAUCCAGCUGGAGGAGGCUGCUGGUGCUGCCAUUCGCAACUUCAAGGGUGCUAUUGGUAUCAACGUGCCCCGUAGCCGUUUCCUUCCUGUCAAGACGACCUCGGAUCUGUUACUUCUCAUGUCGAAUCUCUACACGCUUGACAAUGGCACCAUCAUAAUGUCACCCAAGCGUUCGUUCCCCACGGUACCAUUGGUAAAGUUGGGAGAUGAAUUCAAGAAAGUCAAGGACUUUUUGUCGCGCUUCGCCAACAUCCCCGACCUGUUGGAGCUGGACCACCUGACUAUCGCCGGUAACGUCUACAUUGGUCAAGACGUCUCUCUCAAGGGAACGGUCAUAAUUAUAGCGAAUCAUGGGGAGAAAAUAUGCCUCCCUAAAGGCUCUCAAUUGGAGAACAAAAUUGUCUCCGGUAACCUACACAUCUUGGACCACUAG